ACUGCCUCAGGAAAAACUGGACACCCCCAACAGAACCACUUCAUUUCCACUGUCCCGAGCAGGGCUCAGGGCAAGAGCUUCGGAGACGGAGAUUCGAAGUCCUCCCAGUUCCUAGAGAGAACCCGGAAGCUCAGCGCGGUCCCGGAAGAUGAGAUGCCGAGUUACUUCCGGUCUUUGUGACUCAUUGUGUCUGUGGCGAGGCGUUGGGAGGGCCUAGGUCGGUGUGCGGUGCCCUUCGGCCGGGUUGAGCCCGGGAGUCAGCCGUGCGCGGUCCCCGGCGACCCCAGGCCGCUCCGCAGACUCAGGCUUCAGGAAUAGUGCAGGAACCAAUAGAGAACAGUUGCUAGGACAGAAACGGCAGCCUGAUCCUGUUGGACCCCACCAGUUCCCUGAGCCUGAAUGAUGACUGCCGAGUCAAGGGAAGCCACGGGUCUGUCCCCACAGGCUGCACAGGAGAAGGAUGGCAUAGUCAUCGUGAAGGUGGAAGAAGAAGAUGAGGAAGACCACAUGUGGGGGCAGGACUCCAGCCUGCAGGAGACACCGCCAGCCGACCCAGAGGUAUUCCGCCAGCGGUUCAGGCGCUUCUGUUACCAGAACACUUUUGGGCCUCGGGAAGCUCUGAAUCGACUGAAGGAACUUUGCCAUCAGUGGCUUCGACCAGAAGUCAACACCAAGGAGCAGAUCCUAGAGCUGUUGGUGCUGGAGCAGUUCCUGUCCAUUUUGCCCAAAGAGCUGCAAGUCUGGCUGCAGGAGUACCGGCCGGACAGCGGGGAGGAGGCCGUGACACUCCUGGAGGACCUGGAGCUUGACCUUUCGGGACAGCAGGUCCCAGGUCAAGUUCAUGGGCCUGAGAUGCUUGCCAGGGGGGUGGUGCCUCUGGAUCCAGUUCAGGAGUCCUCAAGCUUCGACCGUCAUGAAGCUGGCCGGUCUCAUUUCAAGCAUUCGUCCAGGAAGCCUCGUCUCUUGCCAUCCCGAGCUGUCCCUGCCACUCACGUUCCUGCCCCUCAUCAUGAGGGGAAUCCCAGAGACCAGGCGAUGGCAUCUGCACUAUUGACCGCAGAUUCCCAGGCGAUGGUGAAGAUCGAGGACAUGGCCGUGUCCCUCAUCCUGGAGGAGUGGGGAUGUCAGAACCUGGCUCGGAGGAAUCUCAGUAGGGACAGCAGGCAGGAGAAUAUGGGGAAUGUGUUUUCCCAGGGUUCUGAAAACAGGAAUGGGAAUGAGUCAGCCUCAAAGGCUGAAGUCAAAGAAGAUUCCACCACCUCUCAUGGGGAAACAGUAGGAAGAUGCCAGAAAGAAUUUGGAGAGAAACGUGAACAGCAGGGCAGAAUAGUUGAAAGGCAACAGAAAAACCCGGAGGAGAAAACUGGCAAAGAGAAGAAAGAGCCUGGGCCACCUACAGCCAAGGAAAAAAGGCCCACCACAGGAGAGAGAGCCCCCAGGGAGAAGGGCAAAGGUUUGGGAAGAAGCUUCAGCCUCAGUGCAAACUUUAAUAACACACCGGAAGAGGUUCCCUCCGGAGCAAAGACUCAUAGAUGUGAUGAGUGUGGGAAAUGCUUCACGAGAAGCUCAAGCCUCAUCCGCCAUAAAAUCAUCCACACUGGAGAGAAGCCGUACGAAUGUAACGAGUGUGGGAAAGCCUUCAGCCUCAACUCAAACCUUGUCCUGCAUCAGCGCAUCCACACAGGAGAGAAACCUCAUGAAUGUAACGAGUGUGGCAAGGCCUUCAGCCAUAGCUCAAAUCUCAUUCUGCACCAGAGAAUCCACUCUGGAGAGAAGCCCUACGAAUGUAACGAGUGUGGCAAAGCGUUCAGCCAGAGCUCAGACCUCACGAAGCACCAGAGAAUCCACACAGGGGAGAAGCCCUAUGAAUGUAGCGAGUGUGGAAAAGCUUUCAACCGAAACUCAUACCUUAUUUUGCAUCGGAGAAUUCACACCCGAGAAAAGCCCUACAAGUGCACUAAGUGUGGCAAAGCCUUCACCAGAAGCUCAACGCUCACACUGCAUCAUAGAAUCCAUGCCAGAGAGAGAGCCUCAGAAUACAGCCCAGCCUCUCUGGACGCCUUCGGAGCAUUCCUGAAAAGUUGUGUGUAAAGCAGGAGUGUGUCUUCAAGCCAUUUCCCCCCUUUUGUUUCCAGAAUUAUGUCAGACAUACGUGCCCACUGAGGGAAAAGUGAUAACACUGUCAAGUUGUCUGAGAAGUCACACUUACGGAUCCUUAGAGUUACAUCAACAGUGUUGCACCUUCCGGUGCUCUGUAGGCAUGUAAUUCUCAUAGUACUUGCGAGGGAAAGCUGGUCAUACGGAUAGUCUUGAGGAUACUUCCACUCAAGAUAAAAGCACACACAAUAAAAUGUCAAGCUUUCCCAUGUUGGGUACACCUUUAAGGUUUGCUUCCCAGAAACCACAACACAUAGUUGGAGAAUCAAGAUUAGCUCUGAAUUUUAACUGAAGUUAGAAAGCCACUUGCUGCAAAUAAGCCCUACUUGGACAAUGUAUAUUUCUCAGUGAAGAGAGACAGUUAGUACAAAAACUACAUUGGGAUAUGCUGCUAGAGCAAGUUAUAGAUCCAGAGAGUUGUGUAUCUGAUCACUGGUAGCCUGCCAAAGCGAUAGGAAUCUAGAACUGCGCUGAGCAGAAUCAAACCAAAGAUUGCUGUCUUUCUGAAGGAGGGUAUAUGCGCCAGUUUGUAGUUCCAAGGACUAGCAAAUGUGGGUGACCCUGCCCUCGUCAGUGAGAUGGGUCCUACUGAAGUAGCAACAAAUCAAGAUGCUUUUCCCUCUCUGACGUCCCUGAAGCACUCUAGCACUCCUGAGGGCACUCUCCACAAGUUAGCACUUGAUUGUAGACUCAUUUAAUCUUUCCUCAUUCAGUGUAUGGAAGCUUUUAUCAACCAACAACACCCCCCCCAAAAAAAAAAAUGCUUCAGUUGUCAAGAAAUAUAGUUCUAUCCCUGACAGCCAGCACUGGAUGUAAUACUGAACACGCACAAGGCACUCCUUACGAUGGCCUUCUAACAGGACUAUCACAGUUGUGAUAGAACCUGAGAAUCGUGCGCAUUCCUGAACUACGGGACCCUCAGAGCCAUAGGCUACACUAGAACUUAUCCUAGUCGAUGUUACUGUCCUAAAUAUAAAGAAAAGUGGUUAGCUACCUGCAGAGACGCUGCAGACAUGGACCAGUAAGUAAAUCCCACAGAAAGCCAGAAGUGAUUCUUGCUAUCCACCUACAGAAGAAAACUGCACACUAAAGUCCUGUGUGUGUGACAGUCCGUAGCAGAGCUCUUGUCCUCGGCCGGCACUCUUCCAAUUAGCUGCUGAACCGUGAUGUUUUGAGCACUCUCCAAGUUGUUCGAAACUUAGCUAAUGCUAUUCAAAAGAUGUGGGUUGUUGUUCUUUUCUUUGUUUGGUUUGGGUUUUUUUUUUUUUUUUUUUUGUCUGUUUUUCUAACUCUCAGAGAAAGGGAAAAUUACAGGAGCAUUUUUUCCACACAUAACCCUAACCUUGUUACCGUUAGCCGGCAAUAGCAGAAGGUGUCCUGAUGUACUAGGAAGUUCACCCCCACGCUGGGCGGUUGGUGGUGUCACUGCAUGUCAUAGGACACAGUGUCUUCUCUGUUCUCAUGAAGUGGAGUUAGGGGGCUUUAGCCUUUCCCGUCAUCUCUGCAGGUGGCUUCUCAGAAGCUCCUGAUGGAGACUUAACACAUGCAGGAGACCCAAGUAUCAUGGACUCUGCAGGUAUCAGGGGCUUGGAUAGAGAGCUCUGUCCGUGAAAGCAUUCAGAUAACGUAGGCAGCUGCAGAACCCUAGAAACAUAAGCUAAAGACAAACUUGAAGACUGUCGACAUGAGCACCUGGUUUAAGAUUUCCCCUCAAGGAACAACUAAGACCAUCUUGCACCAGUUGUUCACUGACAGCAGCGAAGUCCAUGAGACACAACAGCAGGUCUCAUCAGAUGGGCGCCUGUGGCCUCACCUCCAGGUCAGACUAGACUCCUGCAAGCAGUCAUUGUCCAGUCCCUCUUGACUUUAUUUCUUAGACCAGUCCCAGGUCCCUGGGCGCCUGAGCUCUGAGCUCAGUGCUGGGUAUUUCUAGCCAGCCCAGCAGAGCUGCUCUGAAGAGCAUGCCAGACUCACUUUCAGCAGUGGGUUGGAGGUAGAGAAAUGCUUUAAGGUUCUUCCUGAAGGAAUGAGUCAUAGUGAUGGUGGACUCUUGUGAGAGCUCCGACCUGCCAAAAAGCAACUGAAAUAAGGUACAGGACUCCGGGAGCCCACCCAGACACCAGCUUUGAUCCCAAGGAAGAGCUUUGGUCAUUUGCCUUUUGGCUGCUUAGACACAGGCAUGUACACAACUACAUGCUGAUAUACUUAGCCACCACUCUGUUUUUAAAUGAAAUUGAGACAUUUGAUUCCCAUUUUAUUGAGGCGUCUUGCUAUUACUGGGGUGGCUUCAAGUCUUCCUCAGGCAGUCCUCUGAGGAACACAUGCAAAGAUGUGUUUUUCUUAGGAAGCAGACUAUAGUGGUUACCAAGACUUCUUAGAUGCUUAGCACAGUGUCACUGUGUUAUGGUCAAAAAUGCUGACAUCUCAGGCUACUUGUUAACAGUCUAACUAGUUAACAGUUAUUAGUUAACUUACUAGCUAACCAUUAGCAUGCUAGUUGACGUGAUGGAAUUCUUUUGAAGACUUUUAAGUGUAUUUUUAACCUUAUGACAGACAUCAGAUUUUUCAAGCUGUGGACUUUCUACUUCAGCCUGGCAGGCAAGGGCUCAGCAUAAGAUGUGUGAGACAACUUGAUAUGUAAAGCACUUGAUAUUAAAGGCAUAAACAUGAGAGCGCUAAAUGUGUGUAGAGACUGACAUGUGGAGUAUGGGGCAGUCCACGCCUUGCAUAUGUCAGGAAAUUGAUUCCAGAAGGAGACGUGGUCCGAGUGUAAUGUCUGGCAAAGCUUACGCUGUAAAUAAACUCUUACGUGUGUGAGGCCAACUUCAUCGUACUCAUUGCUUUGGACAGGAAUUUCCCUUGGUCUGUCCCAGUCAUGCAGUCUGUUCCAGAAACUGCCAAUAGAGCUCAGUCUUAACUCCAGAGGAUCCACAGGAGAAAACAGGCGUGGGGAAAUGCUAAAGAGACAGUAAAAGCAUACAACUUCUUACAAAAACUGUUAAUGCUGAGAACCUUGAUAUAUUUUGUAAGGCUGUGAUGUCAGUGUGGUUUUGUACACCUCACACCCUCCUUCAUAUUCCUUGUAACAUGUUCCACUCUUGAACAGAACUCGUCACCGGGAAGAAAAAAACAACUAAUAAGGUUAUAAGCUAGUUCACAGAACUAGGGCUGGGGAGUAAACCUGCUAGCUUGAUGCUUUCAGUUGAAAGGACAGUUUGUGAAGAGUCAGUGGACACUAACGUCAAGUAGAUUCUGUAAGUGCCUCUUGCAAGCUGCCUGGUCUCUGUCAUUCAGAGGGAAUGGUGUGCUCUGGCUUGUCUGGGAGGGCAGAGAGUCUUGUGUGUUGGUCAUAUAUUUGGGGGAAACCUACAACCAACAGGAAGUACCCUGGCACGGCUAGUCUGCCUACACUCAACUGCAGCACCACAGUUCUGUUCCCACUCAAGGCCUCUGUGUUUAGACAAGUGAGGCUCGCUCCACAGGAAGGGCUCCCUUCCAGGAGACACGGGUAGGUCUUCCAGGGAGGGAGGCCAUCUCACAGUGCGAGGCUUGCUUUUGCUUUACUUCAAGGUCCUAUCCUUGCUCCCAUUUUCUGGUCCAUUUAUGCUUAGAAGACAACGUUUGAAGAUUCAUAGAUGUGAAUAUUUGUUGAUUUAAGUUUUCAACCCUAGAAUUGUCAACUUUAUUUCCAAGGACCAUGCUGAUCAGUUUAUCAAAAGAGAACUUAAUCAGGUUCUUCUUGCCAUCCUCAUGGAAGACUAAUUUUGUUACUUGGAGUGACGAUGCUGAAACACUCAAAACAGCAAACUUGCCAGAAGAGACAUUUUCUGUGUCCCACUACAAAGAACUCUCAGAAGUACGUAUGAAGAAGGGCUGGGGAUGUGGCUCCGUCCCUAGCACUGCAUCAAAAGGAUGUGGGGCUUGUGCCUGUAGGCCCAGCACUUUGGGAGGUAGAGGCAAAGGGAUCUGGAGAUUGAGAUUUUCCUCUGCUCCAUAGCAAGUCUGAGGCCAGCCUGAACUGCAUGAGAGCCUGUAUAACUGUAUCUGCAUAUCUAUAAGGGAGCCAGGCAUGGUGGUGCAGGCCUGCAAUCCAGGCACUCAGGAGGCUGAGACAUCACAGGUUCACAGCCAGCCUGUCUCCAAAGGAAAAGAAAUGUACUAGGACUUCCCACUAAGGGAAUGAAGGCCUGAAUUGUAUGAAAGAGAGAACCAGAGAUCACUUCAUAGAAGUUAGGGUAGAUUUUUAUUUUAGCUACUACUGGAGACAAUGAGCAAUGUUGGAAAAGUUUUCCUAACAUAGAUCUAGGCUUUGCUCUUAGUAUGGAAACACUACUGUACGUUUUAAAGCAGUUAACGUAUUUUGCUAUUCAGAUUUUUUUUAAUUAUGUCUGAAAAUACCUAUCUUGCUUUUCAAAACUUUGUGAAACAAACUUGAAGUUAUAGGUAAGGUAAGCCAUCUCCAAUACUGCAGGUCAAACAUAAGUUUGGGAAAUCCUUUUGACAUCCAAUAAUACUAAUGUCCUGAUAUGAGAACUUAGCUUCCUGUUUUCUGGUUCUCAUCACCUGGUUCCAUGUUUCUCUCUAACAUUCUAAACAGCAAAGUGGAGAGUGAAGGUUAGCAACUCUAAACUGCGGUUCCAAAUGGAAAAAAGUCAUGGUCUGUUUUUUGUUUUGUUUUAAUCUUGGAGGUUGUGACAUGCCCCCUUCCAAAAAAUUACUCAACUUUAAAUUACUUGAUCAUUAGGCAAAUUAAUUGGGCUUUAAAAUUGUCUUUCUUCACAAGCACUCAAGUUCUUGAAGAUAGAAAGACUGAAGUUUUUGAAGGUGUGGAAGAGUCUGGACCAAAACUUGGACUUCAUUCCAAUUUGAGAUUGGGGCUAAGUCCUUUAGGUCCAUGAAAGGAUGACCAGUCACACUGAGUCUCAGAUAUCCUGUAGUCUCCGGACCGGCAAAAGAAUGGCCUCGUGAUCUGCUAAGGAAGUGCUGAUCCAGAGAGUCAGCAGAGAAGCUUGAUUUGGGAGGUGGGAGUGGGUGCUGAUUGCUCACCUUCCCCUCCAUCUUAAUUGGUAACAGCUUGAUUCUAGAGUGCCCUGACUGGGAGUAUGAGGCUUACCUGGAUCCCUCGGUGGGGGCGAGGGGCGUGGCUCAGGAAAGAGCAUUUAUGGAGAGUAUGCCAUGAAUGUGAGUGGCCCCAGGAUGAGCCGCAGCUCUUGCCUAGAGCAACCCUAGUGAGGGUUAGGGAUGUGCCUAAGCCAUAGAGCAUUUGCUAGAAUACCACAGUAGCGGGCUGCGACGUGGCUCAGGAGCAGACCCAUUGCCCAGCAUAUGCGAGUCCCAGCACUGCCCCCACCCACGAGAAAUGCUUCUGCUCUUAGGGGGUUCUUACAGCAACUCGUGGGAGGUUGUGAUUAAACAGGAAAAUCUUGUCCUCAGAAUAUGAGUGUUAAGGGUUAGGGUGGUUAUGCAAGCAAAAACAAUUAUUUUAAGUUGAGUGUAUUUUUAUAAACUGUCAGUUAAAGGUUAGUCAACAUGAUAAGCCUAAGCGUAUAGAGUUAUUACUACCCCAGGCACAUCCUGUUUAUAGGGUAGGUAAAUCAUCUCUUUUGUCCAUUCCCAGCGUAUACUAGAAUACAUUAGACCCAAAGAAGAAACUGUAUGCCAGCAGGAUUAAAAUUAUUGUUAGAAACUGGAUCUUUGAUUUGACCAGCCUCUGAAGAGACCAGACACAUAGUCGAUGUUCAAUAAAUAAUUUUUAAAUGGAA